AUGGAUGACUGGGAUCCUUUCGCGGACCCCAGUGACACGCAGACGCCGGCACAGCCGGAAAGAGCUGAGCCAGUUGAGCGAGUUGAGACCUCCGCCAAACGAAAGCCUGCAGAUGACAUUUUUGCCGCCUUCCGCUCGCUAGACCUAGCUGCAAAGCCCGCGGUUGCUGCGGAUGAAGCUGAUGUGCACAGGAGCUUGGACGAGCUUUUCAGUGUAGAUGAUGCAGAUGUGGAGUCUCUCCGGAAGGCCGUCGCAGGCCUUCCGAAGGGCGGCAACUGCCAUUUAAAAAAGUGGCUGCGCUCGAUGCCUAUGCUAGAGGCUCCUUCCUGCAGCAACCUGCUGGGGCUGCUCAUUGAUGAAUGCCUUGGUCUUUCGUCCGAUCAGUCCAGCAACCCCAUGAGCGCCAUCCACGUGGACUUGCCAGUUGGCAACCAGAGCGCUGAGGCAGAGAUUCACUUGAGUCCUGUUGCUUGCCUUUCUUGCAGGCUGGACAGUUUGCUAGGUGGUUGA